UGCAAGUCCUGUGGAAUCAAAUUGCAAACCAAAGAUCCCAAAAAACCAGGGUAUUACAUACUCGACUCUGGCAGCUCGAAUGGUGGCAAAGUUCAUAUCAAGAAAGAGGAUGAAGUCUUCAAUAAAUAUGUGAAUAAUCUCUCUCCGGAUGAUCAGAAACUAUUAAUCAAUGACUUUUCAAAGGUGCACCAAGUCGGAACUGAUCACUUGAAAGCACUCACAGACCCUAAAUCAGUAUCCUUAGAACUCAAGAACGCGUCAGAGAAGAGAAAGUUCAAACUAGACGAAGACACAAAUGCUAUUGAGUGUACCAGAUGCAGAGAUGCUACAUAUCGGUCAAACUUUAGGGACCUUUCUCAAACCGAAUAUCCUGUGGAAACAAUAGAUACCGUUCUCGGACCUAUCCCACUUGACGGGAAGAUUGUGUAUGUGAUGAGUGCGCAGGACUUUCCCAUGACCUUGGAUCCAAAAGUUUUCCAGUUCAGAUCUCCUGCCAACAUUAAAUUUCUCAUAAACAAGUCAGAUUUGUUAUUCAAGAAUAAUGAACUAAAUCUCAAAUAUGGGCUCACAUUUGUACAAGAUUAUCUUCAUUUCAAGUAUGGAGUUCCUAAAGAAAACGUCAUGAUCGUCAGUGGUUUAAUCAACUGGAACAUCAAGAAGGUUAUCGAUUUCAUUGUCGAUGGGAGUUACUUGGUUGGAAACGUCAACAGUGGAAAAUCAACAAUCAUCAAGUCAAUCCUCUACUAUUUGAGCACGCAAAAGAAGAAAAAUCGCUCGUUGAUGUCCCAAAAAGAAAGAACUAGAUUGGAAAAAGAGCAAGACAAAUUGAUGAAUAUUAGGGAUACCGAAACCGUAAAGAGCAGAUCAAAAUUAAGAAAAGAGAUGAGGGAAUUCGAAGCAUUUUUCAGAUCCAAGGUAGGUCCGGGUGUGUCCUAUAUACCUGGAUUCACCCGCGGAUUCAUUCAAAUUGAUCUUGAAGGAGUUAACAAAACUAUUUACGAUGUUCCUGGAUUUGUCAAGACAUUCCCAGGCAAGGAGAAGGAAUCACACGGUUUAUUUAGAUCAAUUUCCUCCACAAAAUUGAUCAAGCAACUUACCAAAGGUGCUAAGGUCUUCGAAAAGGGACUCUAUAAUUCCAAAUACCAUACCAUCAAGAACGGCCAGUGCUUGACGAUGGGUGGUGUCUUCUUUCUCAAUUUUCCAGAGCAGUCCAUGUUUCAGAUCCGGAACUGUAUCAAUUACGAUUACAAGGUAUUCAAUAACUUCUCUAAGGCAGUCCAUGUCAGCUCGCACCUUGUUGACUACCCGGGCAUGGAGAAACAGUUUCUAGUCAACCACGACAGACAGAGUAUUCAAAAUAUGAAUAGGUUCAUUGUUCCACCAUUCUACGGCUCCAUAGAUUUGGUCAUUCAAGGCGUGGGACACAUUAAUAUUGUUCCAACUGGAACCAAGGCAAGCAACCAGCCUCUUGUAUUGUACUUAAUUCCCGGGGUGGAAGCAAUCAUCAGGCAGCCCAUCACCAAGUAUAUUGCCAAAACAUUCACCGGAAGAGAUGCAAAUGGUAAUCCUUUGAGGAAGGAAAAUUACUUACAGAAGAGUACUUUUGCUCUCCAAAGAUACAGUGCGAAGGAGCCAUUUUAUUCGAGAUUGAUUGCAAGUGAUCCACGAGAGUUGAACCAUUUACUCGAGAAUGCGGAGCUUGAUGCUGAAGUAAAAGAGCAGAUUAUUUCCAGAGACUACGAAAGCAUCGCCAAGUGGAAAAGCCUACUUGGAGGCAGGCGCUCGGAAUUUGGUGAGAGCACAGAAAUUGGCCCCAACAACAAAUACGAUUAUUGGGUUGAA